AUGGCUUUUACGGCUCUGUUCACCCUGCCCCUACUUUUCCUGGCUGCGUUCCAAUGUAUUCCAGUCCGCGCUAUCUGGAAUCUUCAAGAGCAAGAAACCGCGAAAUGCAUCGACUAUAUUGCCGUCUUGAGACUGACGGUUGUAUACGAGAUCAUCGCUGAGACUAUCCUAUUCAGUCUUCCUAUCCCGAUUGUAUGGAAGCUGCAGAUGAAGACUGCAAAGAAGAUACAGCUACUCAUCUUCUUUAGCCUUGAACGGGUUCAAGAUGCCCACGAAUAUUCCUUCAAGCUACACCACGGACCGCAGCACUUACAACUCUACGAGCAAACGAAGCUACAAGUCAUUGCAGGACAAAAAUAA